CGCGAAGCGAAGAAAGGUAAACAGCGAGUCUUCUAAACACCGUCGAUUUCGACAUAACAGGAAACGAGAAUGAGCGGGUUCUGUUGACUUGUGUUGACCCUGACAAAUUAACAUUCCGUUCCCACACUGCGCACCAAACGCUAAACAACCACCAUGGCGAGUAACCAGCGCUUGGGCAAGCUGUUCGUGCCUUUCUUGAUCACUGGCAUGCUGCUGACCGGAUCCACAAACUCGCUGUUUUCGAAAUAUCAAGACAUGCAAUGCGUCGCGAAUUGUGACGACCCCAACCCCCGAAAACACGUGGUUUUCGAGCAGCCGGUGUGGCAAACCUCCAGAUGUUUGCUGGUGAAGUCAGUUAUGCUUAGAAAUCUCAAACAUUGCGUUUUUGGUUAAUCCUGGCAGUAUUUCAGAUGCUUUGUGUGUUUCGGUCUUCAGCAGGCGCACCAAUACCGCAUACUGACUUCGCAUUGCAGGCUUUAUCCCGAUAGCCUAUAACGUUAUCAAGAAAUAUUUAAACUCUUCCUUCAUACAGCUUGAGGAGGAUGCACCAACCACGGAGUCCAUAGACUCUAAGCCGGCUCCGAAAGAACUGAAGGGUUGGGCUCCGUGGCUGUUUUGGAUCCCGGCUGCUUGUGAUUUAACUGGGACUACAGUAUGUGGACAAAUAACGUAGAUGCAGUGAUUUUCAUGCACGCCUACGCUAGCUCAUGAAUGUUGGGCUUCUAUACACACCGGUAUCGAUUUACCAAAUGACGCGGGGUGCGCUUGUGCUCUGGGUAGGAUUAUUCUCUGUGAUGUUCCUG